GUACUGGUCGCUGAUUGACAACAUGCUCCGAGAAGCCCUGGUCCUGAAGGCAAGGCUCGAGGUGCGAGUGUUGAUCAGCUGCGGGGACGAGACCGAGCCGCUGACGCGUAACUUUCUGUGGUCGCUGAAAGCGCUGUGUGUAGAGUCGCUCAGAUGCUCACUGGAGGCGAAGUUCUUCGUUCCCCGUGAGCAGAGCGAUGGACGUCUCUCCAGGAUCAGCCGCAGCCGCUUCAUGGUGACGGACAGCUCUGUGUAUCUCGGGAAUCUGGACUGGGUGGGGCAGGAGAUGGCCUUCAGCGCCGGCGUCGGUGUGGUGAUCCGGCAGCGGCUCGCCCAGAACAACACUGUGGUGGAGCGGAUGAAAGCUGUGUUUGAGCGAGACUGGCACUCCCACUACACUAAAACUCUGGAUCCAAACAAGAUCCCAGUGUGCAGCACACACACAGUCAAGGACACCAGCGUCUGAAAACACACACGCAACAUCAACUUUCCAGAUCGGCUGUUUCUUUUGCACUUCCAGUUCAAACAGCGUUCAACAAAGCAAGGCAUCUCAUGCCAUCUGAUCAUGUUUUGUUUGCUAAUAUGUAUUUUGCUUUCCUGUUUGCCCAUUGCCCGAGAUCUUCUUCUUCAGACUCAGCGCUGCAUCCCUCGACGGGGUCUGGCGUGUUCUCCCGAGAGAGGGAUGUAUGAGGAAAUGAAAGGAAAAAUCCAUUAUAAGCGGCAGACGCUCGCUAGUCGGCUGGCCACACACACACACACACACACACACACACACACUAAUGAUCUUAAUGCCACGUGGAAACCUUUGCUUUGAGAUGUUUGUCUCUGCAUGAGUGUUGCACUGAGACUUGUGCGAUGUUUUAUCAAUCUGACUGUUUGUAGUAUACAGAAUCUCCUAUGCAGUAUCAAGCACUGUAUUUGACAUUAUUACAUUUUUAAAUGCAGGUUUACAAGAUCUUUCUACAGAUUUUCAUAUCUCAUCUUGUUUUUUAGCUGAUUCAGAGUACUGUGUAAGAUGCAUUUAAAGUCAAAUAUUAUCAGAGCUUUAUUCUAAUUUUUACAUGCAUGUUGAAAUAUAUACUGGUAAAUUAGCAGUUGAUUUAUUUGUACUUUGUAUUUUAAAAACAUCAUGACUGAAGAUGUAUUUCUUUAUAUUUUGUGUUAUAAAUAAUAAAAGGAAAUAUUAUUUGGGUAA